GUGAGUCACAUUGGUAGGUACUGGAAACAGUGCACACCCCGAUCGUUCAGUGACAGUCGCAAACAUUUUGACAGGUCAAAGUUGUAAAAAUCCAUUUGUAUUUUAUCGAAAAAACCACUCAAGAAGUGCAUUUUCCCGUGCGAUACAUGUCUCAAUGGAUGCCCCAAGUGUCCUCGGUGAAAUGGCGCAAUAGCGGGUAGUGGGAAAAGUGGUGCGAAAGACGCAUUGUGGAGUUUAUAUCUCCACCACACUUGGUUGUUCACACACACAGAAAACGGAAAGAAAAUGUCAAAGCUGUCUUUCCGGGCGAGGGCUCUGGACCCCUCGAAGCCCCUCCCGAUCCACCUGGCGGAGGAGCUGCCCGACCUGCCAGAGUACUCGGCCAUCAACAGGGCUGUGCCCCAGAUGCCCAGCGGCAUGGAAAAGGAAGAGGAGUCUGAGCAUCAUUUGCAACGUGCCAUCUGCACUGGCCUCAUCAUCCCAACACCUGAGGUUUUUCAGACCGAUCCUGAGUUCUAUGACAGGAACUAUCCCAAGGAUUACAAAAUGCCGCGCCAGUUGAUUCACAUGCAGCCCAUCAGCAUGGAGCAGGAUAUCCCGGACUAUGAUAUGGACAGCGGGGAUGAAGUGUGGGUUAAUUCACGGUUGGACCUGAAUCCAUACAAGUUUGAGCAGAUGAUGGAUCGUCUGGAGAAGAGUUCCGGGCAGACUGUCAUUACGCUGAAUGAGGCGAAGGCUCUACUUAAGCAGGAUGACGAAAUCAGUAUUGCAGUGUACGAUUAUUGGCUCAAUAAGCGACUUAAAACGCAACAUCCUCUGAUACUCUCUGUGAAGACGGAGAAUCGGGGCGGACAGACAGCCAAUAAUCCCUAUUUGGCAUUUAGAAGGCGAACUGAAAAGAUGCAAACGCGGAAGAAUCGCAAGAAUGACGAGGCUUCUUACGAGAAAAUGCUCAAAUUGAGACGAGACCUCAGUCGAGCAGUCACCCUUCUGGAGAUGAUCAAGAGGCGUGAGAAGGCAAAGCGAGAGCAUCUGCACUUGAGCAUUGAGGUAUUUGAGAAGAGAUACCAAGUUCGGGAUUUCAGUGGACAUCUUUUGGCGGAAUAUUCAUCAAAUGCUUCCAAAAAUGCCAACAGAUCUGCUUUCGCUCCACUCCUAGGCAAUCAAUACUCACACUUAGCCGGAUCGCAUUCGUCCGCGUCGACGACGUCCAUGUGGCCGAAUUCGAACAAUAUGAGCUAUUCAGCUCAGUAUUCUGGCCAUCAUCAUCAUCACCACCAUCACCACUCACAGAUGUUCGGAGGAGUUAAGGGUGACAUGGAUAUGGGGCUUAAUCUGGUGGCCAAUAGCAGUGGAUCGUCGCGCAAGGAGAAGAGACAGUACAAGAAGAGGAAACAUAAAUACAUUCCACGUAGUGCUCAGGGUAGCAGCUCGAUAGGAACGUCCAGCGCAGCAAACUUAAUUCCAGGUGGCGGAGAUUCUGUGGUGUCGUCGGAGGAGGAUGAUUUGCUUUACAGUCUGUCACAGGGCGGAGCUGGGGAAAUGUCGGAGGAUGAGGGCACGUAUGCCUUCCGACGGAACCUGAACUGUCAAUACAAAAAGCCAAUUCACAGUGGGGUGGGAGCGUGGUCGCGAGUGUCGCGUGCGAGAAAUACCUGUCCCAGCUAUCGGUGUAAGUUUACGCUAGGCUCCGUGAGUGAUAACGAACGGAGUUUUGUGCGGAGACGUGUUGGUCGAGGAGGGAGGAUAGUGAUUGAUCGGUUGUCCACUGAUGUGGACGAUGUGUGGUCUAAGUUGGAUUAUACAAUUUUCGACAGUUGGAAGGCACAAAAAGAAGCCGAACAGCCGAUUGUUGUAAAGCUGGAGGACGUGGAGGGUCGAGGGGAAGGUGUGUGCAACGGUGAAGGUAGUGAGGUGACAGUAUUGAAGUCAGACAAUGAGACAGUGCCGAAUAGUGUGAGUCCACUACGAGAUGAUUGUGUGGAUUGGUGUGAGCAGGAUAUGGAGGACUAUGAAGACAUUGUGCCACAAAAUGUGCGCGAAAUGUUAAGAAAAGGUGAUUUUACGCGGGAAUCUCUGUCGUGCUAUCGACCAAAACGUCCUGCGAUAGUGUCACAUUCACCAUCCCCAGUUCCGGAACUCCUUGAGGACAGAGAUGUCCAUUUGGAGAUUCAAGCGAUUGAAGAUAGGAGUCUUACGUGUGAUUUUCUUCUCUCGGACAACAUCUUCUACCCCACACCCUUCACCCUAGAUGAUCUUAUAAGUUCUAGUGAUCUCAAUUUAGACAGUGAUUUCACCACCAGCCUCCACGAUGACACAACCUCAGAUACCCAGCCAGAUGUCAGUAUCGGAUGCUCCAAGUUUACUGUGGCAGAUGCCUCAGGAAGUCACAAGUCUGAAGCGUCACCCAGUAAAGCCCUACAGAGCAGCACAAGGACAUCCAGGAGAGCGUCCACUGAGAGGAUGGAAAGUGAAAAUAUCGCAGACACAUCCAAUGACAGUGAUGAUGUUCCUCUCGUGGCCUACCAGAUUGAGUCCCAGGCAGCUGCAGCAGCAGCAGCAGCAGCAGCCGCCGCUGGGGCAUCAACAUCAUCCGCGGGAGUUUCAGAGGCACAAGGAAUCGUCCUGGGACUCUCGACGCCCUCCAGGAGUGUCCUCAAUGGCUCCAAUGACAACAAGAAUGUUGUGGCGCGGAGUAGAAGCAACCUGUUUCAGGCUGUGUCCUCGGGCACUAGUCAGCAGAGUUUAGUGACAUUGACGCAGGCUCAGCCGCAGGUUUUUCUAACGCACCAGCCCGUCUUCCAGGGCACAAAUAAAGUGGUGAUGCAUACCGCUAGCCCUGUCACCACAUCACCUACGCAGAAAUUGAUGGUGUCGCAGCCAAAGGGGCGCUUUAGUGCCCUUCCGGGUUCCACAAGUGGCCCAAGUAUCAAAGUAAAUUCAAUGGGCAGCUUAAAGACGGAUGUUUCGACGGCUCAGACAAUUGGACACCUCACAACGACGGCCGAUGGGAAGAUUGCCACGAUAAAGUCUCAGCCGUCGAGAGGGGGACUCAAUAUGGUGAUCGAUGUGGAUAGAAAGAGGAUUAUGUAUGCCAAUCUGAAGAAUAGCAGUCAGGCAGUGACUUCGGGGCAGCAAUUUGUUACGCAAAUCAAUCCGCGGAUGGUGAAUAUCGUACCCAUUCAGCAGAUCAAGACACAGGGAGAGCUCCAGGGGACCGUUCAGGCGGGGGCGUCGGCGUCAGCGUCCGCUGGAGCAUCACCGACAUCAGUGAACAACACGGGGAAUGCUGGAAGAUGAAGUGGUGGUCUUGUGAGUGAGUGCGAUGUUUUAUUUGUAAAUAUGUGUUCUAUGUAAUUAUCUCUCAAUAAUUCUAGAGAAAAGUGAAUUAAAGAAAGAUAAAACAA